CAAUCCGGGUUUCUGUCUUUGAAUUUUGUGGUGCUGCUUAUUGUUGAUCUUAUCCUGGUUGCGGUUGUUUCCUCAACCAGCCUCAUGGUCUCUCAUGAAGCUCCCUGAUAUGUUAACGGUGCACAAUGGGGAGACAAGCUUAUAUAAAUCGGCUCGCUCUGGGUCGAUCCCCGUACGAAGCCCCGGAGUCCAGUGUUCCUGACCUUUCAACUUCUGCACGGCGGAGGGCCGCUUCGCUCUGUGCCGAUGGAUAUGUUCAGCACUAUGAUGAAAGGGGCCAUCCUAUCAAUCCCGAGUCAAAACAGUUUGGGAGAGAGCUUAGAAGAGCUAAGAAUGACAUACUCUCAACCAUGGGUGUCGUGGUCAGCGGCGAGGAUGGUAAUUCGGGUAUCUCGAACGAACAGCGGAAGAUCAACCUUAUUGCCGCUGAAAAUGACUACGGUCUAUUUGUGGCAACUCUAGACCAGAUCCUAGUAUUUAUUGGCUCGUGGUGGACGUCUUCUCUCGCAGGCCGGGUACAGACGUUCAGAAGCUAUACGCAGGUGCCACUGGCGAACAUCAUUCGUUUUGAAUGUGCUUCCGUGGGAUUACCGGGAUUCUAUUUUGCUGGAAUUCCCGCAUGGGCAAUAUCUUCCUGCCUGUCCAUCUGCCGACAUCAUCCGCUUGAGCGUUUAAUGCUGAUCUUGCAAAGCCCGUUGCUGCGACGCUCUCCUAAUGACGAGUAUACUCGAAUUAUUCGCUCUAUAUUCUCAAUUCUGCAUUCAGCGACGAGGGGAGCUUUACUGGCCUUGUCUGUACAGACUUAUAUCUAUUCUCUUUUACAAUCUCUACAUCUCAUCCAUCCAUAUGUUAUACCUGGAGCUCAACUUUUCACUCCAUUUGGCGGCCUUUUGCUGUUUCGGCUCCCAUCUUUGCCCAGAAGCUUGUCCCUUCGAUCACUCAGUGCCUUUUUCUCAGACCUAUUGAAAGCACCUCCGUUGAUGAUUUACCUUUACGUCUACCUGCGACCGAUUAUAGAAGUACGGCUUUACAGGUUAAUCCGCCGACGACUGACGAAGCCCAGUCUUGCCGACGAACAUUCCAUCAGAGUCGCAUUCGAGAACGACCUUCUUGAUUGGAUGGUACCAACACUUGGACGCAGGUCUGAAGAAGAGAAUGUCCGCGGUAGACUUACUUUUUUUGAGGAUUUGAAAUGCGAAAUAUUGGUUUUUAGUCGUUGGGUAAUGUCCUGGUUUGACUCCAGUCGUCGAGGAUCGGAUCCCAGGGCAAGACUUCGUACCAGAGGAGCACGCAUGGAGUCUCUUCGGCGCCAUAUCGAGGAGCUGCAGACUGAAUUAGGAGCAGCCCAGUCGCAGACUCGUCUAUCGUCACAGCUACCAAUUGCGCCUUCUCAAGACGCAGGGGAGCUGAGUUUACACAAUAACACUUCUGGCAGCCGAGAACACUUGCCUGACUUCACGCAAGCUCCGGUUGAGUCACUUUUUGAUAUGGACCAGGUCUUCUCAAACGAUGAGAAUCGUAUGUCCCAGUCACCUAUGGAGAUGGAGGUAGACAAUGAGUAUUUCGAGAUGGCAUCGCGGGCGGUGCCCUCAACCACUGCUCUUCCUAAUGAGUCUAUGAAUAACGGGUCUCAAAUUAGCGACGAGGCCGGGGUGGACCAAUCUAAUUCACGUUCGAAUACUCUGUUCUCGCCUGUUCCAUCUCCUGGAACAUCUCCUCCAACAUCACCCCGCGUCAGGGCUUCUUUAAUCCAUCAGAACUCGGAUAUUAUAACCAUGCAGCUGGAGGUUCUUACCAACCGCAAUGUGCAAGCUUCGAGCCAAGAGAAUGCCAGAGCUAGUAACGAGGAUCCCAGACAAAAUCACAGGGGUGCCCCAAAUGACCGUAGGUCUAUCACCGAAUUUCUGGACUCCCUUCUUUCAAACCAGGGAAACAAUCUUGCGGCCGGUCAUCCUUCGCAUGUCGGCGAAAGUGAUGGCCUUUCAAAUUUCACAGCCACUGCUCCAGCUACUUUAAGGGGGGAUUCCUCUAUUCCCGCCGUGGAAAACCAACCUCAGGAUAUGCCCGCAAACAAUCCCAUUGUCGAAUCACCCGUUGACGCUCCAGUCACGAGUCUUGCAAAUGUGCUCCCGGACGGCGUGGAGGAACCAAACAACGAGGGCAUUCACAAUAAUCAACUGCCAGAAGGAUUUGAAAAUCGAUCGGAAACAGAAACACGUCCGUAUACAUCCCGCUCACUGGCUCAUCCACGUUCAACGACUUCAGGCAUUCCACCACCAGCUCAUAGAGUCACAAUCCUGUCCGCCCAUCCUGUGGACUCUGUCGCAUCACAUGCUGCAUCCAUACUCACAACUACAUUAUUUAUUCCUUUCGAGUCACUUUAUCUUCGCUCUCUGGCAACCUCUUACCUAUCAUCUCGAGCUUUCCCCUCGACACUACGAUAUGACGUUCGCCCAAUGGGAGCCUGGGCAGGGGGUGGCUCGAUGGCAGAUGCCGCUGCGUACAUGGGCAAGCUAGCCGUACUGGUGGGCAUGCAAGCGGCCAUGAAUGUCGGCUUUUGGAGCAUAAUUACGCGGGUAGUUGUCUAUAUUGGAAAAACAUUCUGCGGUUGGGGAACUCUGUGAAUGAUGGUCAGGCAUAUCGGUUAGUUGUUGUUGCAGGACAUUAUUAAUAUAACUAUUCAAGCUCGAAUGUGGCGGAGAUUUUUUAGUUUUCUUACCGGAGACAAUUGAAUAAUAAACAGGCAAGGAUUCUAUUGCUGUCACAUAUGCAGAUGCAUGGAUGCAUAUCGGUCUAGAUCUGCAUGAAAAAAUACGGAAU